CCCCUUUCCUCCAACCCAACGGCUUACUUUGAAGGAAGUAUUUGAAAAUGGGAAACCUAAAGUUGAUGUUUUGAAAAACCAUUUGGUAAAGGAAGGCCGACUGGAAGAAGAAGUAGCCUUGAAGAUUAUCAAUGAUGGGGCUGCUAUCCUGAGACAAGAGAAGACUAUGAUAGAAGUAGAAGCGCCAAUCACAGUGUGUGGUGACAUUCAUGGACAAUUCUUUGACCUAAUGAAGUUAUUUGAAGUUGGAGGAUCACCUAGUAAUACACGCUACCUCUUUCUGGGUGACUAUGUGGACAGAGGCUAUUUCAGUAUAGAGUGUGUGCUGUAUUUAUGGAGUUUAAAGAUUAAUCAUCCCAAAACAUUGUUUCUGCUUCGAGGAAAUCAUGAAUGCAGGCAUCUUACAGACUAUUUCACCUUUAAACAGGAAUGUCGAAUCAAAUAUUCUGAACAGGUAUAUGAUGCAUGUAUGGACACAUUUGACUGUCUUCCUCUUGCUGCCCUCUUAAACCAGCAGUUUCUCUGUGUACAUGGAGGAAUGUCACCUGAAAUUACUUGUUUAGAUGAUAUAAGGAAAUUAGACAGGUUUACUGAACCUCCCGCCUUUGGUCCAGUGUGUGACCUGCUUUGGUCUGAUCCCUCAGAGGAUUAUGGCAAUGAAAAGACCUUGGAGCACUAUACCCACAACACUGUCCGAGGGUGCUCUUAUUUUUACAGUUACCCUGCAGUUUGUGAAUUUUUGCAGAACAAUAACUUAUUAUCGAUUAUCAGAGCACAUGAAGCCCAAGAUGCUGGGUAUCGAAUGUACAGGAAGAGCCAAACAACAGGCUUUCCAUCACUUAUUACAAUUUUCUCUGCCCCCAAUUACCUAGAUGUCUAUAACAAUAAAGCUGCUGUGUUGAAAUAUGAAAACAAUGUCAUGAAUAUCAGGCAGUUUAACUGCUCUCCACACCCCUACUGGCUUCCAAACUUUAUGGAUGUUUUCACAUGGUCUUUGCCUUUUGUUGGGGAAAAAGUCACAGAGAUGCUGGUUAAUGUUCUCAACAUAUGUUCUGAUGAUGAACUGAUUUCCGAUGAUGAAGCCGAAGGAAGCACUACAGUUCGUAAGGAGAUCAUCAAGAAUAAAAUCAGAGCCAUUGGGAAGAUGGCACGGGUCUUUUCAGUUCUUCGGGAAGAGAGUGAGAGUGUGCUAACUCUCAAGGGCCUGACUCCUACAGGUACACUCCCUCUGGGUGUUCUCUCAGGAGGAAAGCAGACUAUUCAGACUGCCACAGUAGAAGCGGUAGAGGCCCGGGAAGCCAUCAGAGGGUUUUCACUUCAGCACAAGAUCCGGAGUUUUGAAGAAGCCCGAGGUCUGGACCGAAUUAAUGAGCGAAUGCCACCCCGGAAAGAUGGCAUACAUUCUGAUGGGCCAUUGAAGUCUGUAACCCCAGUACUCCCAACUGCUGCACUUAGGAGCGACCAAGGGAAGAAAGCACAGUAAUGAUUCAGAGUACUGCUGUGGCACAGUGGAUCUAAAACUCAAGAACAAAUUGUAUUUAUUUAUUAUAGGAAAAUGAAACUAAACUCAAACAACUUAAAUCUGGAGGUGCAUUUAUAAUUCAGUCCGCAUUGAUUGUGUAAGAAAGGUGACCGUUUUAUAAAUUCUUUUAAUUUAUGUUCAAUAUGUAUAAGAAGUGCAUCUGUUUUGUUUUUCCCUUUUUUUCUUCCUGAUUUUUAGGAACUAAUCUGGCUGUUGUCAAUACAUAUGUGAAGUCUUGUGCUAUAAAGGGGACUUUCCCCUAAUAAAAGGACCUUGGAAACCUGAACCCUGGGUUUCUGACUUGAA